CCACUGGUCUUUAAAUCAUUGUCUAGAGCCCCAAAGGUUCAUAUAAGUCAACACUGUCGCAGGGGUCUGCCAUUUCAAACAAUUCCAGAAAGAUCGCACAGGACUGGAUAAAUAAUUAAGAACAGAGUGUUCUGAACAUCAGCCCAAAGAGGAAGAACCUUAAGCUGAAGGUACAGCCUACUGUUUACACUGAAGGAGCUUGUGUGUGGACAAGAAGCGCUGACAGCUGAAAUGGAUCCCAUGGAACUGAGAAAUGUCAACAUCGAACCUGAUGAUGAUGAGAGCAUCAGUGGAGAAAGUGUUCAAGAUGGCUACACUGGGAUGGGAAAUUUAGAAAAGGCAGCAAUGAGCAGUCAAUUUACUAACGAAGAUGCUGAAAGUCAGAAAUUCCUGACAAAUGGAUUUUUGGGGGAAAAGAAGCUGGCAGAUUACGAUGACGAACAUCAUCCUGGAACCACCUCCUUUGGAAUGUCUUCAUUCAACCUGAGUAAUGCUAUCAUGGGAAGUGGGAUCUUGGGCCUUUCCUACGCCAUGGCCAACACGGGGAUCAUACUUUUUAUAAUCAUGCUGCUUGCGGUAGCAAUAUUAUCCCUGUACUCAGUUCACCUUUUAUUAAAGACCGCCAAGGAAGGAGGGUCUUUAAUUUAUGAAAAACUAGGGGAAAAGGCAUUUGGAUGGCCUGGGAAAAUCGGAGCUUUUGUUUCCAUUACAAUGCAGAACCUUGGAGCAAUGUCAAGCUACCUCUUUAUCAUUAAAUAUGAGCUACCUGAAGUAAUCAGAGCAUUCAUGGGACUUGAAGAAAAUACUGGAGAAUGGUACCUCAAUGGCAACUACCUCGUCAUAUUUGUGUCUGUUGGAAUCAUUCUUCCACUUUCUCUUCUUAAAAAUUUAGGUUACCUUGGUUACACCAGUGGAUUUUCUCUUACCUGCAUGGUGUUUUUUGUCAGUGUGGUGAUUUACAAGAAAUUCCAAAUACCCUGCCCUCUGCCUGUUCUGGAUCACAUUGUUGGAAAUCUGACAUUCAACAAUACACUUCCAGUGCACAUGGUAAUAUUACCUAACAACUCUGAGAUUAAUGGCGUGAACUUCAUGAUGGAUUACACCCACCAAAAUCCUGCAGGGCUAGAUGAGAACCAGGCCAAGGGCUCUCCUCAUGGCAGUGGAGUAGAGUAUGAAGCACACAGUGAUGACAAGUGUCAACCCAAAUACUUUGUGUUCAACUCCCGGACGGCCUACGCAAUUCCCAUCCUAGCAUUUGCUUUUGUGUGCCACCCUGAGGUCCUUCCCAUAUACAGCGAACUUAAAGAUCGGUCCCGGAGGAAGAUGCAAACAGUGUCAAAUAUUUCCAUCACGGGAAUGCUCAUCAUGUACCUGCUUGCUGCCCUCUUUGGUUACCUAACCUUCUAUGGAGAAGUUGAAGACGAAUUACUUCAUGCUUAUAGCAAAGUAUAUACAUUUGACACCCCUCUCCUCAUGGUACGCCUGGCAGUCCUUGUGGCAGUGACACUAACUGUGCCCAUUGUCCUGUUCCCAAUUCGUACAUCAGUGACCACACUCUUAUUUCCCAAAAGACCCUUCAGUUGGAUAAGACAUUUCUUGAUUGCAGCCAUACUUCUUGCACUUAAUAAUGUUCUGGUCAUCCUUGUACCCACUAUAAAAUACAUCUUUGGAUUCAUAGGGGCUUCUUCUGCCACUAUGCUGAUCUUCAUACUUCCAGCAGUGUUUUACCUUAAACUUGUCAAGAAAGAACCUCUUAGGUCACCACAAAAGGUUGGGGCUUUAAUUUUCCUUGUGGUUGGAAUCAUCUUCAUGAUUGGAAGCAUGGCACUCAUUAUAAUUGACUGGAUUUACAAUCCUCCAAAUUCCAAGCAUCACUAACCCAAAGAAAAAUACCUUUUCUAUUGGAAAUGGUUGCAAAUUAUGCUGCAAAAGACAUUUGAGUUCUAUUGAUUGGAAUGUUAUUCAUAGGAAAUAACGGGAAGAUUCCAAAGAUGUUUAUAGUAACAUCACCAGGCACCUGUGGAAGAAAAAAAAGCAUCAUUUUUGUCAAGAAUGGCUGUUUAUAGGUUUAAAACCUGCGGUGCACAUUUCUACCCAGGUUUUCCUAAAACAGUGUGAGAGGAUGCAUUUUUGCUGUUGCACAAGCAGAAUAAGGGUAGCUGCAUGGAAUGGUCAUCAGAUAAUACCUUUUCCCCUCCCCCUCAAAUUACCAAAUACUUGUAUUCUCAGAACAUCCAACAAAAAUGCCCUGGUGGCAAAGCUAUCACUGCUUAAUGCCUUCCCCCAAUCCAGCACCAAAUACUCUAGGUCUAUUUAAUAACCGAGGCAAAAGCCAUGUCUUAGGAACUGUCCCUGUAAGGUACAUGAAUGAUCAGACAGCCGGCUAGAACAUCUUAUUGUCAACAGUGAAGGAAUAGUUGCCCAUUUGUUUGUGACACUGAAUUAAUGAAUUCUUCAUUCAACAGAUUUUUGGUAAAUGUUAAAGACAUCUUAUUAAACACAGGCAUAUCUCGUU